AAUUUUAUUGAGAUUUUCACCAACAAUUUUUAAGGAGAUUCAUAGGAUGGCAACAACUAAAAAUUUCGCGGAUGUCAAGCUGGGUGAUCUGAACAAACCAUUCCGGUUCGACGGUACCCACUUUAAAAGGUGGAAGGCCUUGCAGAGUAAGUGUGACACUGAGGAGGAGGGAGCGAAAAAAUAUGCAGCCAGUAGAUUUUUCCAUUUCCAAAUGGUGGACAAUAAAUCAGUGGCAGACCAAGCUCAGGAUUUUGUAAUGAUUGUUGGCGAGCUCAGAUCUGAGGAAAUAAAAAUUAGAGAUAACCUUAUUGUUUGUGGCAUAAUUGAUAAACUUUCACCUUUGUGGAAAGAAUUUCAAAAAACUAUGCGUCACAAGCAAAAGGAAACAUCUCUUGAGACUUUAAUAAUGAGAAACCGUAUGGAAGAAAAAGAAAGGGGCCAAGAUGCACUUAUGAAAAUAGAAGAGAACAACAUCACACCGAAGGUAAAUUUAACUUCAAGUAAUUCUACCAAUGAACCUAACAAAAAUAUUGUUUUGAAGCCUAAGAAGAAAAAAUUCAAGAAAAAUAAUGGUAGACACCCCAAUAAUAAUAAUGGUGGAAAUAACCAAGCAAAAAGUCAACAUGAACAACAAAAAGGACCAUGCUUUAUCUGUGGCAAGAGUGGGCAUAUUGUUCGAUUUUGCAAGUUUCGAAAACGUGUGCCUACACCUCAGGUAAAUGUUACCGAAGAACUAUUUGUGGCGAUGAUAAAAGACAUAUAUAUGGUGGAGAAUGUUGAUGGAUGGUGGGCUGACUCUGGUGCAAACCGUCAUGUUUGUUAUGACAAAGACUGAUUUAAAAAUUAUAAAAAUUUUGAGGAGCCCAAAAUCGUCAUGCUUGGAGAUUCACACACAAGUCAAGUACUUGAAGUGGGAGAUGUCGAAUUGAGAUUUACUUCUAGAAGAGUAUUAAUCUUAAAAGAUAUGCUAUAUACUCCUUCCAUAAGAAAAAAUUUAAUGUCGAGUUUUCUUCUUAAUAAGGCGGGCUUCAAACA